AAUCCUCAUUUUAAGAAUUUUACUUAUGAACCAUGUAAAUAUUUUCCUUUAUAGAAAUUUUAGGAAAAUCCUUAAAACCUGAAAUAAGCAACAAAUGAACCUAAACAUGUGUUGAUGCUGUGAAUAAUCCCAAAGAGGAGAAUUCCCUGCAUCCUCCCCUCUGUUUCCUUCCCUUCAGCAUUUCGGUGUGAGAGUCGCUAACACUAGAUCUCAUAAAACUGGCAAUAGUCUUAGAGUCAAUGCAGAAGCUACCUUCCCCAUGAUGGCUUAAUGGAAGGUACCCAGGUGAAAGCCAUGAUCUUUUUAUUUAUUUAUUUAUUUGUUUGUUUGUUUGUUUGUUUGUUUGUUUAUUUUUGUUUAAGUUAAACAAUUUCUUCUUAAAAAAUGACUUAUUGUAUGUGUCUGGGUGUUUAGUCUGCAUGUAAGUCUGUGUGCUAUGUGUAUGCCUUGUGCCCAAGAGGUCAGAGAGGGCAUCAGAUCACCUGGGACUGGAGUUACUUGGGAGUGGCCACAUGGGUGCUGGGAAUUGAACCUGCGUCCUCUGGAACAGCAGCCAGUGCUCUUUACCUCCACGACAUCUCACCAGGUCUGUAAUUACUUCUCUUAAUUUAGGUUUCUCCAUCUUUUUCUCUUUGCAGCAUUAUUAGAACCACAAGUGAGCCAUGGGUAGUAGUGCAUCUGUAGUCCCAGUGACUUGGGAGGCUAAGGCAGAAGGAUCCCUUGAAUCCAGGAGUUCAAGGCCAGUCUGGGCAAUACAGCAACAAAAUACAGGGACACACCAAAUAAGCUGGUUCCUGUAGUCCUCCCUUCAAUCCCAGGUUCUUUGUUUGUUUGGUUUUCUUUAAGACAGGGUCUUGUGUACCUAAGCUAGCCUUGGAAUGUCUAUGUAGCCAAAGAUGACCAUGGACUUCUCAUCCUCCUGCAUCCACUUCCUGAAUGCUGUAAUGAUAGAUGUGUGCCACCACACAUGGGUUUUAAGUCCCUGUCUGUCAGAACAUGGCCUGAGAAUGGAGUCCUGUAAGGAGAAUUCUGAGUGCUUGUGAGAAAACAAAGAGUCUUGUAACCUCAGUUUCUUCAGAACACAGAAUUGUUCUUGGAAUGUGUUUUUGGGCUCCUCCCAGGUGUAACGGAUAGGAAUGAGUUUACUUCAGAUUAUUCUUAAAAUCUGGCUAUUGUUAUUUGUUUAUAUGCCUCUAUGGAAAAACAUGUUGCCUAGUUGUUGCUUGUGAUUGUGAUGGUACACUUUACUCUGGUGACACCUCUUACCUCUCAGAGUAUAAACUGUCUGAUGCUCCGAAUAAAGCUAUUACAUGAGACUUCAGUCCACCUCAUUUAUCUGCUCCAUUUGCAGAGGUCCCACCGACUCUAGAACAAUGACACCUGUCUUCUACUAAGAAAUUUCCAGCUUGGAUGCCUCAGACAAUGGUUCUUUCAAGGACAGAGUAUUUUCAAGAGAGAUGUGUUGUAAUGAUCCAGGACCUUUAAACACAGUAAUCAGGAUGGAGUGGCCUCUGAGAAGAUUCUGCAACAGUGAACCAGCACAGAAGAGUACAAUGUGGGCCUGAGUCAAGGGAAAGGACAACACAGAGGGCCAGGGAAACAAGAUUUAGCUCCAGUUGUCCACACUGGGAAAGGGAAUCCGUACUGUUGGGAAGCACUGAGUAGUGAAAUGGGAAGCACUCCCAUGUGAACGUUCUGGUGCAUGCCCGUCUGUGUAGUCCAGCUGUCUCAGGGCAGCCCCACUCUCUCUUUUCUGGAGAGUGUUUUUCAGAUGUGUUUAACCAGGCUUUGCAUCUCUCUCUCUUUCUCCCCCGCACACCCCCAAUUUGUCCCUGUAGAACAUUCUUCAGAAAUGCUGAAGGACACCAGAGACAGAGCCCUCUGGGCUGUUCUAGGACUUCCUGGACAAGAUUCUUCUGGUUAGAUGUGGGCAGACAAGGAAGAACAGUGGUGGUGGGAUGCAGCUCUCGGGUAUACUCCAGUUCUGUCUGCUCUUAGACGCUGGAAUACAGAGCCCUGGCCUGUAUGCCAGGAACAUCUGCUCCUCCUGUCAUAAAGCAUCCUUAGCAACCACCCAGCUAGGUCACAGAUGGGGAGAACAGAGACCCCCCCAUCCUUGAUGCUUACUGGUGCACUCUGUUCUGAAGACAUUCAGGCAGGAAUUGCAGCUAAGGGGUUUAAACCUCAGCAUCCUCAGCAUGGCUGUAUCAUACCGGGAGCCGCUCUCUGAGAUGGUGGGAAAGCGCAUGGUCAUCACAGGUCCAGACUACAUAAAAGAUCACUUGGCUAAAGUUCACCAGCAUACCACCUAUAUAGGAGAAAAGCGCCCAGCAUUAGAGAAAACUGGAGAUCUCAAGUAUUUAUGGAGAUCUGCCCUAAACCGAAGCCUACCAGCAAAAUAUAAACAUGAGUAUGUUGGUGAAGUUGGAUGGGGGAUACCAGAGUACAGUUUCAUCAACAGAUCAAGACUGGAGAGUGGCUUUCACAUCAAGGCUGGAGAACUAAGUCGUUGGCAGACUGACAAACUAAGCCACCGUUAUCAAAACCCAUGGCAACCGAGGCCUUCAGUCCUGGAUAAGCAGAGAGGAUACAGUCGUGGUUUUCUUGCCUGGAAUAUGAGUGAUUACGAAGACUCCGAACAGAGACACUCCAAAAGGGCUCUUCUUGUUCAAGAGAGUAAAUCACCAAGGCCCGUUCUGCCCAUCAAGCUGCCCAAGCUGCCAAGGAAGGAAGAGAAGAAAAGGAAACUCAAGCCCCAGAGUAAGAAAAAAUCAGAGUGCUUCUAGGAGAAAAGAAGAUCAUAAUAGCCCUGAGUACUUCUGCUACCCCUGGGGACAGACAUCCUGCAAGAGCAUGCUUCAGUUAAGGGCCAAAUAAAGACUUGUAUGAAAGGCAUUGCCAGUUUUACACCAUAAUACUGUCUGUCACUGACACAUUCCAAUAAAUACCUGUUCACUGGUGUUCCAAGUGCUUCACAUGUAUUAACUAAUUUUCCUAAGCAUAUGAAGCAGAUUCUUUUUGUUUUUUGGUUUUUCAAGACAAGGUUUCUCUAUGUAGCCUUGGCUGUCCUGAAACUCGCUCUCUAGAGCAGGCUGGCCUCGAACUCACAGAGAUCCGCCUGCCUCUGCCAGCGCCCAGCCUGAAGCAGAUUCUAUGGUUCCACCAGAUGUACAGGUUACACGGCCCCUAAGUAGAACUGGAACUGGCUCUCCUGCCCAUCCGCUGAUAUGCUAAGUGGCUCUUACAGCCCCCUGUGCUGGUGUGGCCAGUCUGAAGAGCGGCACCUUCUCUCUGGUUCUCAGAGCAUUCUCACAACAGGCCUGUACUGUCUUCAUGCUGCAAACAAGAAACCUGAGCUCCAGAGACACUCAGAAUCCGCCACCACAGAAGGGAUGUCCCAAGGUCUUCCUCCUCUACUACACUGCCACUGCUUUCCCAACCAUCCCUCAGAACACCGACAUCAGAGUCUUCACUGUGUGUGGAGAGGGGUGCAACUGAGGAUUUGGCCGUGAGAGUACAGACAGAGGACCAGAGAACUGGGAAUCCGUGUAUGAACGGAUCCCCAGCUUCCCGUUUGGCUAUUAUACAGCUCUGUGCCGUUUCCUGAGACAAGGAGGGAGACAGGAAUUUGAACUCAGGCUUGGCUGCAAAGAGUAACCCUGCACAGAAGGGGAGGAAGCAGGAAAGGCCGGCACUUCCACACAGCCUGUGUCCCCAAGGCCAGCACAACCUGGCUGCUCAGCUACAUGCCUUUCAUUCCUCUCCUUGUCGAACUUUUCUUUCUCACUUUCUGAAUAUCUCUUUCAACCUCUCUGUACACUUAGCACGUAUCAAAAGGAAUGUUACGUACAUCCCACUGGCUAGGGGAGUGCUGGUAAUAAUUUUCUAGGACUUUCUAGGCUGCUUUUAAUUUCUGCUUAAAAUGUUACAAAAGUGAUCAUAGAUCCCCCUUGGAAAGGAACAACUGACGACACCACGUUUUAAGUUCUUACCAAGUUCUCUCAAAUUUGAACGGCUUCCAUUCACCUGUGACGGGCUGUGAGGACGCUCACAAAACAGAAGAAACUACAAUCCCCUCAGAAACUGGCCUUUCUCGGAUCCGUCUGUAAGUUCUCUGACGAAGGAUUUUAAAUUUCCUUUUAGGCUCAACUCCCUCUAAUCUACUUUACUAUCUGCUUUUUCUGAUGAUACUGUCCUCUGCUCCAUCAAAGCUCUACCCUGUCUGUGGCUUUGAUGAUGCAUGUUCCACUUUUCUUUAAUACUAACCUUCAAUAUAUUAAAAACAAUUUGAAUUUGUGAUAUUUAUCAUCAAAACAGUGAAUAAAAGUUAUCCUUUAAUUACAUAUUUUUUUGAUGAUAAAAAGACCAAA